AUGUCAUUCAACUUGACUGAUAUCACUUUGACUUUUCAUUAUGUUUCAUUCGAUGAAAUUGAAGAAUUUUUAUCUAAAACUUCUCAUUAUUUACAACGUUUACGUUUUGCAAUACGUGAGAACAGUACAUUUCUUCGUGCUACUCGUUGGAAUCAAUUAAUUAUAAAUCAUAUGCCUAAUUUAUACAUGUUUGAUUUUAUGUAUUUGGUUUCCCAAGAUGAUAGUCUGUUUGAGUAUAUUAAUGCAGAUCAUUUAUUAAAUAGUUUUAAAUCAUCAUUUUGGACAAAGCAACAAUAG